AUGAUUACCCUCUCUAUCAAGCCUUUGUACCUCCUUAAUGGGCAGGCCCCACAGGAUGGAAACCACUUAGGAAAGGCAAAAAUUGGCCAAACAUGCACAACAAGAUACGACUGUCAAUCUGGACCUGGUCUCCUCACCUCGGAAGUCUGCAUAGAUGGUUUUUGCACUUGCUCCAGUACAGCCCGUUUGCGCCUUGAUGAAUAUUCCUUCGCUCCUGAGUGUGACUCACUUUUGCAUGAAACGUCUAUGAAUUGCUCAGACAGUCAUUCAAGUGCAUUGGAGGAAUGUCCACCAAAUAGCAAGUGCCGAGGCGGAGAAGGAUGUCGCUGUAAUGAUGGUUUUGAGUUUGUUGGCACAGAUUGUAUAAAAGUAGUGUACCAGAAAGUCUUGGAGCGCUGUCAUUUUUAUGAGAAUGGUUUUCUCUUUUCCAGUACUUUUCUCCCAAAUAUAACCAGCGGCAAGUGUAUACCUGAAGCUGAUUUCCUACGAGCCAAUGACCUUGCAAAGUACAUUGCCCUACAUGGUGAAUACUGCCAGUCGAGUUCUCAUUGUCUUGAAGGCUUGGAGUGUAGAAAUUAUGAGUGUUCGUGUCCCAGCCCUUGUACAUACAAGAAGGACCUUCAGGCAUGUGAUUGUGGUGAAUUUGUAGUAUCUUCAACGGGACCAAUAGUUGUUGGCAUCCUCGGUGGUUUGUUAAUCAUUAUAUUUUGGACCUGGAGAAUAAGGACUACUUGGAGGAGACACGCAAAAAAGCAGGCGUCCCAGAAUGAUGCACAUGCACCUCCAUCUGUUCAACGAGGUGCACCUUCAUAUCCUCUCGCUCCAGUUACAUCGGUUGUACCAGCUGGCUCACUUUUGUCACAGAAAGAAGAGGGCCUUGGAAUUACUCCAGAUCAAAUAGACAUUGGAAAAAUACCUGAGUCUUACCCACUAUUACCACCUGCACAACCUAUAGGUUUUCAGAUUCCUGCCAGCUCUCAGGAUUUUCUGUCUAAUACAUAUGAUGAUGUCUUCUUACCUGAUGUUUCAGCACCUCCUGCUGAGGCACUUAGAGGUCCUUCAGCUCCCAUUCUCCCGCCUCCUCCAUAUACAGCCACGUCAUAUAAUCAACCAUAUGCACCUUCAUUCUCGCCUCCUUAUCCUCAUCCUGACAUGGCUUCACAUCCUCCUUCAUCCUUGCCUCCUUCAUAUCCUCCCCAGUACAUGCCUCCUCCUAAUCCUCCUACGUCCAUGCCUCCUUCAUACCCUUCAGCAUCAUCAUCAACUCCAUAUCCUCUCAAUCCUUAAAUGGCACCACAGCUGGACGCUCUGUUCUGUAACAGAGGUUACUUUUUUCGUGAAUAAAAGAGAAUGAGAAAUGAUAUUUGAUACUUAGUGAAAAUUUGUUCUUAAUUGAAAUAUAUCUUGCUGUAGUAUGGAAACAUGUGAGCAGAUCACAUAGCCCUCUAUACAGGAAGAGCCAUAUACAAUAUAUAUAUAUUUUUUUCUUCUUCUCAUCUUGUCUUUCAUGUUUUGACAGAUUUUUUUUCUUUUACUAGCUUCUGACCCAUGUAUUUUCCAAUAAACUGCUUUAAGUGAUUGUGUCAAAAUAAAGUUUUCCAGUGAAUUACAUAAAUAGAGAACAGAAUAUUCCAUUGCAUUACUUAGAUAUAGAACAGAACAUAGAAUAUAGUUUAAGAUUUUGAUAUAACAAGUUAAGUACCUGAGGAAUUACUAUACAAGCUAAACAGAGGUAGGUGCAAGUUCUAUGCAUUAGAUAAUUUAAAAUGUAAGAAUUUCAGUGAUAGUGACACAUGAGUUGUUUUCUCUUUUUUAGAGCACUUAAAGGUAAUAAGAUGGUUGA